CUGUCCACACUUGCAAAUCUACCUCCUUCUCUACCUUGGGUCGCCAGGUGUUCUUGGUCUAAAACUCCCAGAAGCCUUCACCACCAGCUGUGCUGGACAAGAUUUCUGGGGGGUUGCAGUGGGACCCAAGGUCGGGAGCCACUGCCCUGAUGUCACAAAAAAUUCAAUUGGGCCUCACUGCUUUCCAGUGGCCAGAAUGGGUGUGGAGCACAUUGCGCUGAAACAAAAAAAAGGAAUGUAAUUCGGAGCAAAGGAACCGCCAAGCAAGGAGACAGACCAUCAUCAGCUGUGCUGUUUUUUCUUUGCGGUAUGAUUUUCCCUCCUUCAGGGAGCGGAGCGGUCCGUUACCUAUGAGACACUAACCCGGGCGGGGCUGGAUCGAUUACUGCUCCGAAAGGAACGCCCCCCCCCGCUCCCGUUUGCUUUUGGGGAGUCUUCUUAUGGGCCAUUUUUCUCCCCCACCCCUACCCCGCCUCCCGCCCUCUGACUCGCUCUUCCCACGUGAUUUCGAGGAAACUCCUCAAGUUGUUCGCCGCCGGGGCUCAGUUUCGCUUUCCAUUCCCGGCUUGCUUAAAGGGCGUCCGUGGCCGGGGCUGCAGGCGAGACUCCCAAACCUUGCCGAGAUGGCCGGGCUGGUGAAGGCGUCGUCGUCGUCGUCGACCCUCUCCCUGGGGGAGCUGGAGGAGGAGCUGACCUGCUCCAUCUGCCUGUGCAUCUUCGAGAGCCCCGUCACCACCCCGUGCGGCCACAACUUCUGCCUCCCUUGCCUGGAGAUGACUUGGGGCGACCGGCCGCGCGCCUUCAGCUGCCCCCAGUGCCGGAGCUCCUUCGAGAGCCGCCCGGAGCUGAAGAAGAACACGGUCCUCUGCCGGGUGGUGGAGCAGUUCCGCACCUCCCAGAAGGUUCCCGCCAAGGAGCUCCACGAAGAGGAGGAGAAGGAGGAGAAGAAGGAGAAGCCCUUGGACCUCUCUGUCGCCUGUGAUAGCUGCCUGGUGGCGGAGGCGGCCAAGACCUGCCUCACCUGCAUGGCCUCCUUCUGCGGGACCCACCUGCUGCCCCACCUGGAGAGCCCGGCCUUCCGGGGCCACCAGCUCGUCCGCCUCGUCAAGGACCUCCAGCAGAGGAAGUGCCCGACCCACCACAAGCUCCUGGAGUUCUACUGCCAAGACCACGCCGCCUGCGUCUGCUGCCUGUGCCUGGCCCUGCACAAGGCCUGCGCCACCGUCCCCUUGCAGGAGGCCAAGGAGGAGAAGGAGCUGGAGCUGAAGAAAAGACUGGCAGAGCUCUAUAGUUUGAAUAAAAAGUCUUCACAAGCCUUGGACCAAGUGCGGGUACAGCAAAAACAAGUCAAGGAUACCAUCUCCAGCAAGUUGGAUUUGCUGAAAUCAGAGUUUCUGGAAAUCAGAGCUUUAAUUCAAGAAGGAGAAGAAGAAGCUGUAAAAAACCUGGUCUCUGAGGAAAAAAGAGUCUAUGAUAAAUAUGAGUUUGUCUAUAAAGUCCUUGGUAAGAAGAAAGCUGAAAUCCAGGAAGAGAAAGCGGGGAUUGAAAUGGCUUUGACAGAAGAUGAUGACAUUGUGUUUUUAAAGAAAGCAGCAAAACUGCGUCCAGUGCUCUUCAAAGAUGUAUUCAUUCCCAAGAUAGAAUUGGAUCAAAACCUGAUACAUACGGUCUAUCAGAAUGCCUGUGGCUUCAGAGAAAAUGUGAAGCAAUUUUUGACUCAGCCCAAGGAGCAGAAAAAUGAAGGAAAUGCCCAGUGGAAAACCAAAGCACAGACCCAACAUCCACAGCCAGGAAGAAAGAAUGCUGCUUCAGAUGCUUCAAAAGGAAACGAUUCCCCAUCAAAGCCUUUACAGGAGAAGGCUAGAGAGGAUGUUGCUGCGGCUUCUGAGACCAAGCAGAGAAGACGACCUCCUAAACGCACACAAAGUCCCAAUCCGAGAGGUCGAAGUGUUAGCGCAAAUCGGCCAGGAGGUCACCCAGGGACCCUUGACGCCUUUUUGAAUAAAUCAAGAGAUGAGCUUUUGGAAUUUGCGACAGCGUUCACCCUGGAUUUCAACACGGCCCACAGGAAAGUGAUUUUAUCGGAAAGAAAUACCAAAAUGGCUGUGUCAGACACCCUCCAACGCUACGUCAAUCAUCCUCUACGCUUCACCCACUGUUCCCAAGUGGUCUCCUUCCAGUGUUUCAAGAGGGGCAUCCAUUACUGGGAAGUGGAAAUGGAGCACAAUAACUUCUGUGGCAUUGGCAUCUGCUAUGGGAGCAUGCCUCGGGAGGGGCCAGAAAGCCGCCUGGGACGCAAUAGCACUUCAUGGUGCAUCGAGUGGUUCAACGCCAGGAUCUCUGCCUGGCACAACGACGUUGAGAAGCGCCUCCCCAACACAAAGGUGAAGAAAAUUGGUGUCCUGCUGAAUUACGAGGCUGGGUUUGUGAUUUUCUUUGGGGUGGCUGAGAAAAUCACUGUGCUCUACAAAUAUGAGGCACAGUUCACAGAAGCCCUCUAUGCUGCGUUCUGGAUCUUCUCCAGUGGAACCACCAUGUCAAUCUGUCCAUUAAAGUGAAAGGUUUGGGUUACUGCCCUUUUUCUCAUCCUCAAGCUAACUUUUCUUGCCCACCUUAUGUUUUAGAGCCCUGUUCUGUCUAUAGCAGUCUUGUUGAAUUCAAAGUAAAGUAGUAUAUUUUGGAAGAGCUGGGCUUCCAUUAAGCCAUGGCCAUACAUAGUCUAUUAAUGCUAACAGUUGGCCAAAUCUUUGCUGACAUGACCUUGAGCAACAUGCAUUUAGGGAAUUUACCUGUGAAGUUGUUGGUGGAACUGCAGGCAUCAGGCAUAUGACUCUUUGCACACACUUAACCCAUCCUAGAGAAAAGAGCAAGCGCGAGGGCUUGUCCAGGUAGAAGCUUCUUUGCUUUUGACCUUUGUCCACAUCCAGAAAUGUAGGGCACACAAUUCAUGGGGCUUUCUCUUCAGCCACUACUGCCGCUGUCACAUAAAGUGUACAGUUCACAGUCCACGGGGGAGAGAUGAGGGGAUGAUCAGUUACUCCCACUUUUUCAGAUAGUCUGGAACAGCUGUUGAUGCUGGCACAAUGAACUACAACAGGCCUGUAUCUUCAUGAGCGCGAACGGGAGGGCAGUAGCACUUCCCUGAUUUUGUACCAAAUGCUGUUAAUCCUGUUGUUAACAAGCAAAAUGUACAGGGACCCCAGAACUGGUUUUUCAGUUUGCAAAGGGAGUUCAUGAGUGGCAGACAGGUGUUACAGUUUUUGCCUACUUACAGGUGUAUAUUUGCAUCUACUUAUUUAAUGGGCUAAGUAAUAAACCUGUCACUGUAUGCAGUAAUCAAAGAAAACAAUAUGUAAGCAUUGUGGAAAAACUCAGAAAUAAAAGUGUCAGUAUCAUACUGCUCUUUCAGAAAUCUGUAGUGAACCACAUCUGGAACAUGGUGUACAAUUCUGACAAUGAAACAUUGUAUGUUAAAGCUAGGAAAGGGCCCAAAAUAAACCAGGAUCUGCAGUAACUCCCAUGUGAGGAGGAUCUGCAGUAACUCCCAUGUGAGGAGAGGCUGAAACAUUUAGGGAUGGUUGCCUUGUGGGAAAAAAACAUGUAUGUCUAAAAAAACAACAACAGAUGUAUUUUGUCCAGUUGGGCUUAAUUCCAAAUAAGCAUGCCUAGGAUUUAUUGCAACACUAGUUAUUUCUAGGAGGGCUCAACUAUGAUAGCUGUUCUUGCCUUCUCAUUUGCUUGAUGGCUUUUUAGUACAGUACAUGUUUGGUAAGCUCUGAGAAGGCUGGGCUACACAAGGGCUUGAGCCUGCAUACCCACACAUUCGGUCCAUGAAGAUGUUUUGUACAGCCUAUGCCUGCCUUGGGUAGCUGGCCUAGUUCACAAUUCUGUGCAUCAACCAGUGGUUAGAAGUAUAGGGUCCAUAUUGGGCAUGGGGGGUGCAGUUUUGCUGGUGUUGCUGAAAGAAGUGGGGGGCUUGCUAAAAGGUAAUACUUCUGAAUUGGUGAGUCUUUUGCCUUUAUUGCAGGUGUUACAAACGCCUCCCCUUUUAAAAAUGCCUUGAAGGCAUUUUGCCUCUUGGACAUCUGAAGUGGCAUGGAAGUCCCUUUUAUGCCCCAUGAUAACCCCCUCGUGGCUUCUGUCAGUUCUUCAGACUUAAAGAAGCUAGGGACCUGAAGACUUUAAAUCAUCAUGCAAGGACGAGGAAGGCAAGAAAGUAGAAACCUAUAAAGUUGAGGUGCUUUUGAAGCAGAUCUGUGCAGAAAGAGAGUGGCUUGCACAAUACAAGCACCUUAACUCAGUCCAUGUGGAAAAACCUUUGUGCACUUGGCUGCUUGGGAGGAAAAGGUUCAUUUUGCCCUCUUGAUCUUAAAGACACUUAAUGGCUUUACAGUAUUUCAAAUAACAAAGAGACAGUGCAUGGAAAUAAGGGAUGUUCUUGGCUGAUUUUUGCUACACAAUAGGAGCUUGUCUCCAGUCUUGAUUUGAGCUGGUUAGAGACUUCUUAUCUAACAUGUGACAAGUCUCCAAGUGUAGUAUUUGAAAUGAAAUGCUUGGAAGAAGCAUGUGACUUCCAAGAAGCAUGAAAAACCAUUCAGAGUUCCCAGCUUUAACCUAUGCUGUUCUUCCCAGCUGGCGUUUUCAUACUUAAUGUGUGAACUGUCUGGGUUUUUGUUACCUUUAAAAAAAUGAGCAGGAAGCCAUGGAAGAACAAGCGGAAGUUGGGAGACUGGGGUUUCAUGGGGAGCACUCUUGGCCUUGCACAGGGGCAUGGAUUUUUCUUUAGAACCUGGCCCAGCGUGGUUCCAAGACUAUCUGUAUAUCCUAAGCCACUGGGGCUGUGCUCUCCUUCCUUUAAACAGAAGCCACAAACUAGAGGUAGAGCUCAGGUCUUACAUACUUAUAAGUCUUGAGUCGUUUGCUAGUGGAUGGUAUAACUUGUCUUGCUUUUCUUUAACCAGAACCUGUGGAGUUGGCAAGAUAACAUGGCCCCAGUUUGCUGUCUUUUACCCAGUUCUCCCAUUUCAAGCACCUUGUUUUGUCAAGUGUGAAGGGAGCACAUUAUGGUAGAAACAAACUGUUGUGGUCACAUCUCUGGAGAAAGACUUAGAUGCAAAUAAGGCAUUGGCUAUAGCAAGUUGGCUCAUGCAUUUAAAGUGGAAAUCUAGCCAUAGGGUUGUUCUGCCCCCCCCUUCCCUUCCUCACCCUGAAGAUAAAGAAAGGGACCAAUGUUAGGACAUAGUCAGGAAAGGGUGGCUCUCCAGAGGAUUAAGUUGUGGGUAGCCUUGUAUACUGAGUCAUCUCUGCUUUUGCACCAAGUAAUAUUCUUCAAAUCUCAGGCCCACAUUACAGUGAGACUUGGGGAAAUGGGUUCAGCUUAUCAAGCUACAACAAGUCACGGCAGGAAAAUCGAGAGGCCUUGAGAUGGUUCCACAGGUAAAUUUAGGAACAGAUGUGGGCUAAACUGAAGUCUAAGGUGGUUGUGGGUAAACUAUGGAAAAGAGAAACAAAAACAAACAACUCGGUUGGUCCUUCAAGUAUAUGGGGAUGAGAGGAUAGCUGGGAUGUUUUCCCCCAAUACAACAAACUUCACUUUGGUUUUAGGUGUUCAGGGCUUUCAUUUCCCCAUAACGGGCUUGGCAACAUUCAUUACAGGAUCUGAGGAUUUUUUUUCCCCCCUCCAUGCUCGUUUCCUUGUGAGGCCCACUACCUAUUCAACAUUUUUUUUUCCUUGAGGCACUUUCCUCGAAGGGGAGAGUACAGUUCUCUGAAUUAUCUUCCUACCAAUGAUCAUUUAUGUCAACACACUUCUAUGUGUGCUUUUUAAGAAAUAAAGAACCCACAAGGCACAGUGGAUCUAGCCUCCCUUAUCCAGUUUGUGUGGGAUCUGGGAUGUGUUCACUUUAGUGGCUUAGCUGGCAUCCACGUGCUCUUAGACUAAUCAUAAUGUAUAUGUUUGAUCAGGACAGACAUUUUUCACACUUAAUGCCAGAAUGGAUCUCUCUCAAAAAAAAUUUUGAUAUCUUUUUGGGAUCUCAGGAGGAUUUUGAAAUAACUGGGAUUCAAUGGGAAUCUCAGUCUCGACAGAGAUUGCUUCUUCUCUUUGCUGCUUCUGGUCUUUAGCAUGGCGCAAUAUUGUCCAGUGGCUAAAAGUUGAUCCUUAGUGAUCAUUUGAGAGAAAUUGUUUAAAGGUACACUAUUUUUUCACACAGUGCAAAUCAAUCUUGCUGGUUGACCAAAAGGAACACUGUUUUUAUUUCUUGGGGCAAAGCAUGAUUGUAGGUGUGAUUGACCUAAAGACUUAUUAAAUCAUACUGGUUUUACUGGAAGGAGGGCCAUGCUCAAACAUCACAGUGUGAUCUGGCAUUAGGUGUGCGUGUGUGUAUAGGUGAAACCUUUUUGCUAAAACAGUGAUUUUCUAAUGUUGUAUUAACACCAUUGCAAUUAUAUAGUAUGGGAAUUAACAUUAAGGUUUUGUGAAGCUUUUUUGUAUCAAAAAUGAUCUAAAAACCAUCUUGAGAUUAGGAAGUUGGUUUGGUGAUUGGUUUCAGCUUUUAUAGAUGUUUGUAUUGAAAGGCAAGGCAGAAAAAUGACAGUUUGAACUGCUACACAUAGUUGCUUCAGUGCGUUAUCUUGAAAAUGUUAUAUGCAAGUGUAUGAAAUAAUAAGUUUCUGUGGAUAGUUGGCAUCUUUGUGGCAAACUGUGCAGAAGAAUACUGAUCUGUAUGCUACCUUAAGGUAGAGACUAGAAACCAAUGCCAUCAGUUUUGCUGAGAACUUGUCUUAGCCUUACUUUGUAAUUAUGUUUUUGUCCUCUGAAGAUGGUGUCAAAUGUAAUGUGAUAAACCUAAUACAUUCUAGCCUGGUCUUAUAAGUGAAUCAAAACUCAUUAUGUAAAAUGUUAAUAAAGUUUGAUUAAAUCAGA